AAAUGUAUUUGUAGCUCCAAUAGAAAAUAAAUCUCAACAAUGAGACUGGUUAUAAAUGAGAACUAUGAUGAAGUAAGCUUAUGGGCUGCCAAGUAUGUUAGGAACAAAAUAAAAGCUUUUAAUCCUGGUCCUGAUAAAUACUUUGUUCUUGGACUUCCCACAGGUUCUACUCCACUGGGAAUGUAUAAAAAGUUGAUUGAGUUCUAUCAAAGUGGCUUGAUUUCCUUUAAAUAUGUAAAGACCUUCAACAUGGAUGAGUAUGUUGGUCUUCCUCGAGAUCAUAAAGAAAGCUAUCAUAACUUUAUGUGGUCUAAUUUUUUUAAGCAUAUUGACAUUUUACCAGAAAAUGCCCAUUUAUUGGAUGGAAAUGCUGAUGAUCUAAUUAAGGAAUGCAAUGAAUAUGAAAAAAAAAUACUUGAAUCUGGAGGAAUACAUUUAUUCAUUGGAGGAAUUGGACCUGAUGGUCAUAUCGCUUUUAAUGAACCUGGCUCCUCAUUAGUUUCUCGAACUCGAGUGAAAACACUUGCUUUAGAAACUGUGAUCGCUAAUGCACGUUUUUUUGAUGGCAAUAUAAACCUUGUUCCAAAGGAAGCCUUGACUGUUGGUGUAGGUACAGUCAUGGAUGCUAAAGAGGUAAUGAUCCUUAUUACGGGAGCAGGUAAAGCGCUUGCAUUACAUAAAGCUAUCGAAGAAGGUGUCAAUCAUAUGUGGACUGUUUCUGCUUUUCAGCAGCAUCCCAACACUCUUUUCAUUUGUGACGACGCUGCAACUUUAGAACUUAAAGUUAAGACUGUAAAAUAUUUUCAAGGCUUAAUGCAGCUUCAUAGUAAACAGAUUGCUGACGUAAUUCCUUAAAAGCUUUUUACUUAAGUAUUUUAAUAAAAGGAUGUUUCCAUAUGCAGGUUUAUGUCAAAAUAUUUACUGGAGGUUUAUGUCAAAAUAUUUACUGCUAAAAUAUUACUGGAGGUUUAUGUCAAAAUGUUUACUGCGAAAUUAUAAAAUCAGAAA